AGUAAGGAAGGAUUAAACUGUCUGAUAAGGUAUCUUUACUUAAAGAUGUUUGUCUCCUGCAUCAUAUUGUUUAUCUUCUCGAUACAGCAAGUUGUAAGAGCAGAUUAUAACUGCUCUUCACAAGAUCAGAGAAUUCCAGGUGACUCAGAUUUGGUCAUUGACUGUGGAAUUCAGUACAUUACCCUGACCGUUAAUCUCUGUCCAGUUUUGUAUUCGGAGAUCAGCCUAGAAACAAUGGCACUCAAUGGUGACUACAACUACUUAAACUGCUUAGGAACAAUGGACAAUACUACCAACCCCCCCGUAAUCAGAUACACAUUUCCAAUUAAUGACACCAACCAGAAUACCUGUGAUAAUUCAGUCAAGAUAGUUAACGAGGGUCCUGGCACUGGAGUUUUUGCUGAUUAUUCCAGUACACAAUCAGUAGUUAUUUCGGGUUAUAUUAAUGCAUUGAUGAAUUCAUCAAGUAUUGUCAGCUACACCACAGACUUCCUACUUAAGUAUUCUUGCCAUUAUCCACUUGAAUACUUUCUUAACAAUACUAUGGUUAUGACAUCAUCUGGUUCCGUUGCGAUUACCACCAACAAUGGUAGCUUCAUCAGUACACUGAGCAUGAAGCUUUAUGCAGAUUUAAACUUCUCCAUUCCUCUGACUAUUCCUAAUUCUGGAAUCCUGUUGAACAAAAAGAUCUUUGUCGAAGUUCGUGCCAGUAAUCUAUCAUCAAGUUUCAACAUCUUGCUAGAUACGUGUUUUGCAACACCAUCUCCUGUCAUCACCACUGUACCUGACAGUAAAUUUAAUUUCUUCACUGGGUGUGUAACAGAUAAGAAGACAAAGAUCUUUACAAAUGGAAUUGGUCAAACUGCAAAUUUCUGUUUUGAUGCCUUUCGAUUUGUAGAACAGAGAGAGAAAAAUGUUUCUACCAUCUAUGUUCAUUGUAUGACAAGACUAUGUGCAUCUGAAGAUUGCAAGAGGUUCCUAUCGGGAUGCAGCAAUGCGACCAGUUCAGGGAAACGAAAAAGAAGAGCUGCGGAAGUAACCAGCACAUCGACAGAUCAACAGCUCACUCUGUCCACUGGACCCAUUCAGAUUAUUGAUACUGGUGAUGCAACUCCAACUUCUGGCUCAUCAGCAAUUGAUUACAAAGAAGAAGCUAAGAAGGUGUACAACACUUUGACAGGACUCAUUGUGGGAUUCGUCAUUGCAGCUGUCCUCCUUGUUGCUGUUAUUGUUGGUUUUGCACUCUUGUGCAAAAAAUACAUGUCAGUAAAAUCAAUGUCUGGAAAACGAUUUUAACAAACAUGUAAUAGAUAAUGACUAUUCCUUAUAAGAUGUUACAUUAUGUUUUUCAGCAUUUGUUAUACAGCAUGUGACAUCUGAGUUUUCUCUUUAAUUACAUUCAGAACAUUUGUAAUAUGUUAUAGGUCUGUAUUGCUCUGUAGUGAUUUAAAUGUAAACA